AAAUGGAUAAAGCGAUUCGAGCGGUUUCGUUCUGCAUCUAGAUUAAGUAAAGGAGAUGAGGAGAGCCAAUUAAAUACGCUCCUAUAUUCUAUGAGAAGCAAAAGUGAUGAUAUACUGACGACAUUUGGCCUUACAACCGACAAUUCAAAGAAAUAUGACGUAGCAAAAGACAAGUUUGACGGCUAUUUUGUAAAGCGAAGAAAUAUUAUCUUUGAACGUGAAAAAUUUCACCGAAGUAAGCAAGAAACCGGUGAGCCGGUUGAUUUCUUACUGACUUAUGUGGCCUUGCCGAACAUUGUCAAUUUGGUUUGUUACAGGACGAAAUGAUCCGUGACCGUAUUGUGGUCGGUCUAGCUGACCAAAAGCUUUCAGAAAAGUUCCAGUUGGAUGCAGACCUUACCUUGGAAAAAGCCAUUAAAAGGGUACGACAGAGCGAAUCAGUUAGAAGCCAACAAUCUAUAGUUAGAGGACAAGAUGACGCAAGUCAACCAGCAGAAGUGGACGGAGUUCACAUGUCCAAACCUCAGAAGUCUCUAAGGACAUCACAGAAUCCUCAAGGGAAAACCUACAAGCACUCGGUACAAAGUGCUCAUCCAAAGCGAUGUAAGCAAUGAUGUCUGCCAACGAUGUAGUUUAAGUCCAGCUCACAAAAGAACCCAGUGUCCUGCCAAAGAUGCC